UCUUUAGACUCUCCUAUGGCUCCCCAUCACCCUCGGGACAAAGAACAAACAACAGACCGGUCAUCACAGGGCACCCGGCUCCCCCUGAUUCUGGCUGCCCCUGGGCCCUCCCACUUCCAGGGUCAGCUUCUGCAGGCCACCAGUGCCGCUGCGGAGGCCUGCCCGGACCGUCCCGGGGACCGCCCCCAGCGGGGGAGGGCGUCUUGGUCACUGCAGGUCCCCAGCGCCCAGCACCGCGCGCAGUCCACCGCGGGCCUUCGUCGACGAGUAGAUCCUACAGGCGGAAGGCGUGCGGGGCCGACGGCGUCCGGGUGUCAGAGACCGGUGAACUGCGGCCCAGCCGGGACGCGCACGGGGCUCCCGGGGCGCCCGAGGCCCGUGUCGCGUCCGCCGCCCCACCGGGGAGGAGGCGCUCCCCGCCCGGCGCCCGGCCCGUCCCCGCCCCGUGCCGCCCGCGACUCCUCCCCGGCCCGCCCCCGGCGGCCGUCACUUCCGCCCGGCCCGAGCAGGCCCGGCGGCGUCCGCGGCGGCCGCGAGCCAUGGUCGCGCUGGAGAACCCGGAGGGCAGCCCGGAGGCGGCGGCGGGGGGCGCCCCGGGCGGGCGGCGGAUGCUCCCAGUACCUCCUGACUCUGCUGGAGACAGAUGGGGACCCGCCUGGCCUGGAGGAUGGGGACCUGACGCCCUCUGCAGCACCAGGCAUCUUUGCAGAGGCCUGCAGCAAUGCCAGCUACGUGGAGGUCUGGAAUGACUUCAUGAACCGCUCCGGGGAGGAGCAGGAGCGGGUGCUCCGCUACCUGGAGGAUGAGGGCCAUAGCAAAGCACGGAGGAGGGGGCCUGCCCGCGGGGAAGACCGGCGGAGAGAGGACCCUGCCUACACACCCCGGGAGUGCUUCCAGCGCAUCAGCCGCCGCCUGCGAGCUGUCCUCAAGCGGAGCCGCAUCCCCAUGGAAACACUGGAGACCUGGGAAGAGCGCCUGCUGGGAUUCUUCUCUGUGUCUCCCCAGGCAGUGUACACAGCCAUGCUGGACAACAGUUUUGAGAGACUGCUGCUCCAUGCCGUCUGCCAGUACAUGGACCUCAUCUCAGCUAGUGCAGACCUGGAGGGCAGGCGGCAGAUGAAGGUCAGCAACCGACACCUGCACUUCCUGCCUCCGGGGCUGCUUCUGUCCGCCUACCUGGAGCAGCAGAGCUGAUGGUGGCCGCACAGUGCCCGUCUGCCACCUUGUCCAGCGCCAAGACCUCGGGGCCGUCUGCUAAAAUAUCUGCAGUGUUUCAGAAUUGUCCUUGACACUUGCUCAUCCCUUGGGUGGCUCUCUCUCACCCUUGCCCUGACCAUCCUGCUCUUACACAUGAGUUUUGGGGCUAGGGUUGCCCAAACUGUACCAGCCCUGCAGUGCCCGACCCUGGACUUGUGUUUGGGUAGGGAGAUCUGCCCUGGGCACUUCCAUGUCUCUUCUUUGGCUACUAGCUUUCUUGGCUCAGAUGAGGUGGGAGAGGCUGGGUUUUUAUCACUUUUAAUGAAUUUGGCAUGAUUUGUUGUCGAUUUUUAAAUUUCCAUUUUUGGAGGGAAAAAACCCCAAAACUUGUCCCAGCUGAUAAAUUGUGGGGUUUGGUCACAGUCUUUGUUUGACUCUUCCCAAUUUUUAGCUGUUUGGCAGGGGCGGGGGGUUUUCUGGGACCCUGCCCCCACCCCAGGAGCAUUUUGUGUCUGUGUGUGUGUGCGUGUGUGCGCGUGUGCGUGGUGGGCCCUGCAACCCAGGACGUGAACUUUGUCUCAAGGGCUGAUUUUAUGCUUCCUGAUACGUAUUUGCCAUGUGCCCCCACCCCCCGUGGGCCCCACCUGCUCUUCCCCCCUUUAUACUUUUGACCCCCUUUAAACUGGGGAUCCAGGACUUCCAACCAGAAGCCUCUGUCCCCGGCUACCCCAUCCUCCCAUGACCCAGUGUCCUCCCUCAUGCUGGUGGGCGCCAGGGGACUCCAUGAGGAGCAGGCCUGGCCCCUGCCCCUGCGCCUGCCCUCCUGUGUGUGACUAGUUGAGCUUGGGGGAAAGGGAGUGUUUAAUAAAUUCCUGGUGCUCUGGC